AUGGCGUUCAAAGUGUUAUCUGCCCUGGCCCUUGCAAGCUUUGGCUAUGCCAGUUCGCAAAGCUCGUGCAAAUGCACACCCGAUGAUGCAUGCUGGCCCUCCAUUGCAACCUGGGACGCUCUGAAUAGCACUGUCUCUGGGAAGCUUAUUCAUAACCUCCCUGUAGCGAUUUCGUGCUACCCCGGUCCUUACCACAAUGCGGAGGAAUGCGCAUAUGUCUACUCGCAAUGGUCCAAUUCCACAUUCCAGGAGUUGUCUCCCGUAGGAUAUGUUUAUCCUACGGAUGAGCCUUGUCCGCCGGUUGACUUGAGCUCAGGCGAGACCCCUGGAACUUGUGUCCUAGGGCCUGCGCCAGUCUACACGAUCAACGCAACGGAACCAGAAGAGUUAGCUGCUGGCAUGACUUUUGCGCAGAAGAACAAUGUCCGCCUUGUUAUCAGGAAUACUGGACAUGAUCUGCUCGGAAAAUCCGAAGGUUAUGGGGCCCUUCAGAUUUGGAUUAGGUAUAUCCGAAACGGUAUUUCGAUCCAAGAUAGCUAUGUGCCCACUGAAACAUGUGCCCAAAACAAUUGGACUGGCGCCGCCGUGACCAUCAGUGGCGGGUAUGUUUGGGACGAUGUGUACAACGUCGCCUUCGCACGGAAUAUUACAGUUGUGGGAGGAGGUGACCCGGUAUAUAUGUCAAGUUCCCCAAAUGGUUACUGUCGAGCUAACAGUGAUCUUUCUUUUGAGACCGUCGGCUGCAUUGGCGGUUACAUCCAGGGUGGUGGCCACUCACCGGCCAGCCAUGACUAUGGCCUUGCUGCGGACCAGAUCCUCGAAGCUCAAGUGCUUCUCGCCAGCGGUGAGAUUGUCACUGCAAGUGCCUGUCAAAAUCCCGAUCUUUACUUCGCCAUUCGUGGUGGCGGUGGUGGAAGUUAUGGCGUGGCUCUUUCGAUGGUCAUUAAGGGAUAUCCCUCAAAGCCCGUUGUGGCUCACUCCCUUGCUAUUAUCCCUCUUAGCAGCGAGACUGACCCUCUCUUAGAGUCUGUGACUGAUAUUUAUACGGAAUAUCCCAGUCUUAUGGAUUUCGGCUUCAGCGGUUAUGGUACUUGGUCAAUCAAUAGUCCACAGGUCCUCUUCGGGAAUCAAACGAUUGGUUAUGUGCAUGCGAUUGCUGUUAUGGAUAAGUCGCUUUCGGAGGCGCAGGAUGCAUUCCAGCCGCUUCUCCAGAAAUUGGAGAAAUACAAUGGCACUUCGCUGUUUGUCUCGCUCACUUGGUACCAGUUCCCGACAUACGCAUCUUACUACAGAGCUAUGUCUGGUGCACACCAAGCUGUUGGGUCACCGAACUCAGCCAUGUCCUCACGCAUGUUCAACAAAGCGGCUCUUACAUCUAGCCGGACCGCUCUUCGUAGCACAAUUGGCGUCAUGGCUGGUCAAAAGGAACAAUAUACCAUUAACAGUGUUGAACUUAUCGCUGGCGGUAAGGUUCUUGAGGAAGACCCAUAUUCUGGUCUCAACCCAGCUUGGCGGUCUACAUACAUUGUGAGUGUUGUCGCCAGAGGCUGGGCAGAUGGCUCCAGUGCCGCCACCGUGCAGAGCGUCAAGAACGAUAUUACUUAUAUCAAGGGUGGGGCGAUGAGAGCUCUUACUCCCUUUUUGGGGAGCUAUAUGAACGAGGCUGACCGCAACGACCCUCUAUGGGCAUGGGACUUUUUUGGAUUAAAUUUCGCUCGUCUCACCCAAAUCAAGGAAGAGUACGACCCAGCGGGCCUGUUUUAUUGUCCGACCUGUGUGGGAAGCCCAUCGUGGUAUCAAAAGUACCUGGAUGGGAAGGACUAUGGUCCUCUUUGUCCUACUGGGCUUUGA